AUGGUUUCACUGAAAACUGUGUCACUCGAUGGAAAUCCAUUAGCUGCAGAACAUUUUCAUAUAUUAAUUGAAAAAGAUGAUUUAAAAAUUGCUCAUCUUUCUCUUCGUUUUUGUAAAAUAACUGAUAAAGGUGCAGAACGUCUUGCUCAUAUUCUUGGAAAUAUAUCAGUUCAAAAUUGGAAAUUAUUAACCUUAGCUUUAUCCGGUAAUCAAAUUGGUGAUAAUGGUGCAAAAUCAUUUGCAAAAGCAUUACGUUAUAAUCGUACAUUAAUUUCUCUUAAUCUUUCAUCGAAUUGUAUCACCGAUAGAGGUGCUUGUGCUUUAGCAUUAGUUUUACGAAAAAUUGUUCUUACAGAAGAAGAAAUUCUUCAACGAAGACAUUUAUUAUCAGAGCAUUACGAUGAAGUACAUUUAGACGAAAUAAGGAAUAGUGCUCCAUCACCAACUCUUUCAACUAUAUCAACAAAAAGUAAAUCAGGUCGUGAUAAUCGUAGUGAUUUAAAACGUACAUCAGAUCAGACUAAACGUCGCAAAUCAAUUACAACAAAAACUACAGAUAAACGUCAUCGAGCUGAACCUGGUGAUGAAAAUCGUCCGCCAUCGGCAAGUAAAGCUGAUCAAAAGAAAGGAAAAAGUGAUGGUACUGGUGGUCGAUCAUCAUCAGUUAAUCCUCGUCGUUCAUCUGGUAACCAAGGAAGAGCAUCUGCACAUGGACGUAAAAAGAAAUUAGCAGCAGGUGUUGGUGGUUCUUCGAAAAAAAAUAUUUCAAUCGUUAAAGAAGAAGAUGAAAACACCGUUGAUGAAUUAACUUCUCUGUCAAUGCAACAUAUUGAACGUGAAAAUCCUAUAUUAGAAUUGAAUGAAAUUGAAUCACAUAAUGGUGAAAUAAGUUUAAAAGGAAAUUUAGUUCUUUUAAAUUUAAAUUUAUCUCGAAAUUAUUUAACAAUAACUAGUGUUAAUGAAUUUCUUGUUUCAAUUCAACAUCAAACAAGAUUAAUAAAUAUUAAUGACACAGCAAAUAUAUCAUCAACAAUUGCUACAUCAACUGAUUUUUCUGGUCUUUGCCGACUAGAACUUAAAGAUAUGAAUGAUAUAUCAGUUAAAUCUUCUAUUUAUCAAUCAUUGGAAAUUCUUCUUCGUCAAAAAAAUCCAUUAAUUCGUUUGCAACAUAUUAAAGAACGUGAAGCAAAAGAAUUAUUGGAUCAGCAACAAUCGAGUCAAGUAUCACAACCAAUAAUACCAGAAAAACCACGUGCUACAUCAAGUAUUCGAUCAAUAAGUCAACGACCAACAUCACGAUUGAAAGAUUGA